CAGAAGAAGGAAACGAACUAGCUAGUUGAGUUAGCAUUUAGCCUGUUGGGCUAGCCGAAAUCCAGCUGUGCGACAAAUUUGUGAGAAAGUAAAACAGAUUUAAUUUCUUUCUUUUCUUUGCUCAUUCGCACAACACUUAUUAUUUUUUAUUAGCACGUGAGGUUAUAACUUUUAAUGGGGAAAUAUUAGGAUAAAAACGUAAAAGCUAAUUUUAAGAUAAUUGCUCAUUUUAGCUCAUUUGUUUUAAAACAAAAUUAAGAAGGCCUUAUUAAUAAUUAAGUAUUUUUAUUGUUAAGUAAAAGUCCACAAAAGUAUUUUUUUUUUGUCUUUGAGGACAUUUUGGUUAGAAAUACCAGCGACGGGAACACAACUGUUAACAGGCGGAGGAGGCCCGGUCAGACCUUUUGUUUGCCCUGAAACAACUCCAUGGAUCCUAACACCACCUCUGGGACGCUCUCCUCUCACACGGCGUUUGAAGAGGAUGUGGCGGAGCAGGAGACGUCUCUGUCCGGAUCUCAAAGAGAAACCGAAGCUGGAGGAAACAUCUUGUUACAGCUGCUGGAGUUUAAAACUCACCUUCACGAGGCUGUCGAGGAGCUGCACAUCCGAAGGGAUGCAGAAACUCGCUUUGAGCAUCAGAUCAGUCAGCUGGUGGUGGAGAAACAGGAGCUGGAGUGGGAGAAGGAAUCCUUAGAACAGCAAAUAGAAACCAUGAUGAACCAGCACACAGAGUCCCUCGCUGCAGCCAAUAAACAGUUUCAGGUCAAAUUACAGCACAUAGAGGAGGAGAAGGGGAAAUACCAGGUCACUGCUGAGUUAAAAGACAGGGAGAUUAGCAAUCUGAAGGAGGAGCUGAAGUCACUGCAGUUGCUGAAGUACAACUUGGAGAAGAAAUCAAGUGAGCUGGAACAGAAGCUAGCCCUGCAGAGUCGGACAAAAGACACCCACCUGAGCCAGCUGGGGGAGGCAGAGAAACGGUUCGGUGCUCUUUCCAGAUCAUGUGCCGUGGUCAAAAAGGCUCAUGAGAAACUAGAGCAGAAUGUUUUUGAGGCCAUGAGAAUAAACAACAAGCUGACUUCUGCCAAUCAUAAACAAGAAGAAACUAUUGUGUCACUCAAGAAGGAGCUGGACGGAGUCCGUUACAAACUCAUCAAGGAACAGAUGAAAUUUGCAAUAAAUAAAAAUACCCACAAUCCCGCGGGGCAGGAGCAGCGUUUACAGGAACUGCAGCAGAAACUCAAACUGGAAACUGAAAGGAGCAAAAAGCUCAGGGAGGAGAACAUUGCAGAACAUCGUGAGAAGCAGGAGCUGAUGAGAUUUCUGCAGCAGAACCAGCAGCUGCUGCUGAAUCAGACUCGAGCAACGACGAGACUCGAACUGGAACUACGAACCCAAACGGAAGCCUUUCAGGCCCUUGAGCGAGAACACAAAGCCGUGCGAGAGAAGAGCGAGGCGAUGGAGGACGAGGUGGGCCAGCUGACGCAGAGCUACGCAGCUUCCAGAAGCAGCUGGGACAAAGAGAAGAGAAAGAUUCAGGAUCAACUCAAGAGUGAGCAGCAAGACCUGCGAGAGAUGAACGGAGCUUACGAAGAUCUCCAGCAGAAACUCGCUGAGCUGUCUGGUCAGAGGAGAUCUGAGGAGUUUUGUGUUUCCACCAUCCAGUUCCCCUCGAUUGUGGAGGACCUUCGAGGCAAGGACAUUCUGGAAGAUCCCAUCUCCAGCUCUGAGUUGCCUGCUUUUGACUCUCCAGGCGAUCUGAGAGACUUAGGAGCCGCCAGCAGUGCAAAUGGAGAUCAAGGCGAGCUAAGUCAUCAGCCACAACAGCAACACAUCUUAGAAGAUCCAAACACACUGAAGCGCGAAUGCCCUGAGUCUUUCAGCCUCUCUAAUAACUCCGGAGGAGCCACCAAGAUGGAAAUAUUCUCUGCAUCCGGAGUGCUAACUGUGACCGAUGAGGAUCACCAGAACCACGAGUGUGGGUCUCUGGAAGGAUCUGCUCAUUUACCGACAAAAGGCACAGAUGAAAGGAAAAGAAGAACGACAGAGAAGCAGAAGAACAGAAAGCAAGAGGAAGAUGUUACAAAGCAGAAGAGCAAAGAUGGAUGUGGAGAAAAAGAGGUGAAGGAUGUAAGAAAUGCUGAAGAAAUGCGUACUACCGAUGCACAAACAGAUGGAACCGACAUGUCCGAGGGUGCCGAGGGGUCAUCAAACGCAGCAGGGGAGACCAGUGCCCCUGAAACAGAAAUAAGAGAUAAAGGAGAGCGAGAAUUGACAGAUGGAGUGAAAGAGGGAGGACAGACAGCAGAAAGUCCAGAAACACAGAUACAGGCUCUCAAAACCACUGAUAGGACUCAGAAGAGCCUCUCUCUGCAGGUCAAUGACUUCAUGGACACCGAGCCGCCUCCGGCUGUUUGUGAGUUUUCAAACUUCUCAAAAAAUCUGCCGCAGAUAAUCACCGACAAGCAUGCAGACUGUAACCGUCCAGGCAGGGAGCGCACAGUCGAUGGAAAAGUCAACGGAUUUGGUUUGGAUGAACACCAAAGUGUCAGCAGCGUGCCAGAACCUGAUGCUGAAGCUGCACACCCUGACUCACCUGUCGAGGUUCAAACUGUGCAUCAGGACCCCGAGCGAUCAGACCUGGAACACGAGAAAACAUCCACGGAAAUGUCCGGUUAUUUUCCCGCUGAAGGGCCAAGCCCAUGCACCUCUCAAACUCCGCAAAGCCACAACAUCCAAGAGAGCCAAACGAACCCAACUCAGACUGAACAUUGUGAUCCUCGUGCUGUUGUCGCCGUGGAGACAACAAAGGAAAUGUUUGGCGCGGAUGAGGAGAGCGUUUCAGUGACAAACAUGGCCGAAGCUCAAAGUCUCGAAGCCUCAGAGAAGCAGGAACGCGUGCAGCUCAGGUCUGUGGUGGAUGAAGAUGGAAGGAGUGAAAGCAGCACCUGUGAGUCUGCAGAGAGAGCUGCAGCAAAGGAGGACGUGGAGGAGCAAAGCAAAACUGAUCAAGGCUCAGGAGGUGGAGAGGGGACCAAAAAUGAUGCUGAUCCAAAGAUUUCCCAUCAGCAAAGUGGUGAAACCGCUGAAUCAUCAGAACCUGGAAGAUCGAAGAAUCAACCCCUAAAGCAGAAGAGACCUACCGAUUCUGCUGAGUUGUCGCAGAUCUCCAGGUCACUGUUUGACUGGACCGCUCAGAGGAAAACGUUCAGUGACUUCUCCGUCCUGCACGAGUUUACUCAGGGAACUCGUCUGUCUGGACGUCCGCUCGAUUCAGCCCCCGUGUUCUCCAAAACCAAACACGACAAAGCUCAGCAAAUGAUCACCCAGGCGUCGGACCUGUUCAGCACCUUCGGUGUCUCCGUGGCUGCAAGUCUCUCAAAGAGUCAACGGCGGGGAAGAGGAGUGAUGGAAGAGACCUGCAGAGAAACGGCAGAGAAGGACAGAACAUCUUCAGUGCUUUCCAUCUCCAGUUCUGCCAGUCAAGCCUCGCAGCAACCCAGUUCAGCCAGGACUUCCUGCUCACCUGUUGCUCCUGGGUCAGAGUUGGACCAGGAACCUUCCUGUUCCCUGGAGAGGGAUGACCAGCAGUCAUCACUGAGAGCACAGAUUUCCAAAAUCGAAGCGUUCCUCAACACAGAGAGGCUCCGACUGCCUAAAAGACGUCGGAUUGAGUCGCCAGACGUAUCCGGUUCUGUUCUAUGAAAUGACACAAGAGCCUACUGUUCCACAAGUUUGAUCAUUUUCAUUACAUUUAAACCCUCCAAAAGUUUCCCUUUUGUUAUAAAAAAGAUCUCAUGAUGACUGUGAGCUCUUCAGGUUUCUCUUCAGACUUCAGUUUGAGUCAGACUGACCCUUGGUUUAGAGUUCCUGUCCAUUUUGCAGCCUUACAAAUCAAAUAUGAGCUGUUGGGUGUGGGUGUGUGUGUGUGUGUGUGUGUGUGUGUGCGUGCGUGUGUGUGUGUGUGUGUAUUUGUACUUGGGAAAAAGCUAAAUUGAUUGAUUUGGAUGUUUACACUUAUGUGCUUUUAGAAAUGUUUGGAGUUGUUUUAAAGUUUAUUCAUUGUUACAGAAAUAAAAUCUUAACC